AUGGGCCGGGGGUCCCCGAGAUGCCGAGGGCCUCCCGCGGGGCUGCUGCUGCAGCUGCUGCCUCUCCUCCGGCUCCCUGGGCCCGCUGAGUCGUUUCAAGGUCUCAUCCACCUGCGAGGGGUCCUGCGGGAAGCCCCCGGGAGUCCCGCGCCACCCUCGCGCUCCCGACGCUGCUCGAAGCCUCUCGCCCCCUCUCCGCUGUCCUCGGGUCCCCAGACCUACCACGCCUUUCGGUCCCCCCCUGCGGGCUGGGGGAUGGAGACGCAGGGCGUCCCAGGGCUGGACGCGGGGCUGGUGGCCGUUCAGGUGGAAGGCCAGGAGCUCCUGUUGGAGCUGGAGAGGAACAGCAGGCUGCUGGCCCCAGGAUACACAGAAACCCACUACAGCUCAGCUGGGCAGCCCGUGGUGCUGCGCCCCCACUACACGGAUCACUGCCACUAUCGUGGGCGAGUGAGGGGCCUCCCCGAUUCCUGGGUAGUCCUCAGCACCUGCUCUGGGACAAGAGGUCUGAUCUCACUGGGCAGCAAUGUCAGCUAUUAUGUGCACCCCUGGCCGGCCAGGAACUCGGAGGAUUUCUUCACCCACAGGAUCUUCCGAACCCAGCAACUGCCCGGCUGGAAUGGGGCCUGUGGCCACGAGGGUCUGGAGAACAAAGAGGACACGGCCAGUGUUUCCUGGGACACCCUGAUCAGGGAAAGGAGAGAAGUGCUCAAGAGCCGGAGAUAUCUGGAGCUAUAUCUGGUAGCUGACCACACCCUGUUCUUGGUCCUGGAUCGGAAUUUGAACCGCACCAAGCAGCGCCUCUUGGAGGUCGCCAGCUAUGUGGACCAGAUUCUCCGAACUCUGGACAUUCAGGUGGCGCUGACAGGCCUGGAAGUGUGGACUGAACAGGACCAGAGUCGCGUCACGCCGGACGCUAAUGCCACGCUGUGGGCUUUCCUGCAGUGGCGCCGGGGUCUGUGGGCGCGGCAUCCGCACGAUUCGGCCCAGCUGCUCACGGGUCGCGCUUUCCUGGGUGCCACCGUGGGCCUGGCGCCCGUCGAGGGCAUGUGCGGCGCCCUGAGCUCUGGAGGUGUGAGCAUGGACCACUCUGAGCUCCCCCUGGGCGCUGCGGCCACCAUGGCCCACGAGAUCGGCCACAGCCUGGGCAUCAGCCACGACCCCGACGGCUGCUGCGCCGAGGCCUCGGCGGAGCAGGGCGGCUGCGUGAUGGCGGCGACCACGGGGCACCCGUUCCCGCGCGUGUUCAGCGCCUGCAGCCGCCGCCAGCUGCGCGCCUUCUACCGCAAGGGGGGCGGCGCGUGUCUCUCCAACGCGCCCGACUCGGGGCUCCUGGAGACGCCCGCGCGCUGCGGGAACGGCUUCGUGGAGGAGGGCGAGGAGUGCGACUGCGGCCAGGUCAGGGAAUGCCCCGACCCCUGCUGCCUGGCCCACAACUGCUCUCGGCGUGCGGGGGCCCAGUGCACGCACGGAGACUGCUGCGCGCGGUGCCUGCUAAAGCCGGCUGGCGCGCUGUGCCGCCGAGCUGCGGGCGACUGCGACCUCCCGGAGUUCUGCACGGGCACCUCCCCCUACUGCCCCCGGGACACGUAUCUGCUGGACGGGUCGCCGUGCGCCAGCGGCCGCGGUUACUGCUGGAACGGCGCGUGCCCCACACUGGCGCAGCAGUGCCAGCAGCUCUGGGGCGCAGGCUCGCGCCCGGCCCCACCGGCCUGUUUCCAGGCGGUGAACUCCGCGGGAGACGCCCACGGGAACUGUGGCCCGGAUGGCGCAGGCGGCUUUGUGCCCUGCUCACAGAGGGAUGCUCAGUGUGGGAGGCUCCAGUGCCAGGGCGGGGAGCCCGGCCCUCUCCUGCCCUACACCGUGCCCGUGGACGCCACCGUUCACUUAGGUGGCCGGGACAUGUCCUGCAGGGGCGCUUUGGUGCUGUCUGGUGCCCAGCUGGACCUGCCUGACCUGGGUGUGGUAGAGCCCGGCACCCCUUGUGGUCCUAGAAUGGUGUGCCAGGACAACCACUGCCAGAAUGCCACCUUCCAGGAGCUGGAGCGCUGCCUGGCCUCCUGCCACGAUCACGGGGUCUGCAACAGCCACCAGCACUGCCACUGCGCGCCCGGCUGGGCACCACCCUACUGCGAUAAGCCGGGGGCCGGCGGCAGCGUGGACAGUGGCCCGGUGAAGCCUGAAAGUGGAGCCUCCUUCCUGCUGGCCGUGAGCCUGAGUUUCCUGCUGCCCCUGCUGCCCGGGGUGGGCCUGGCCUGGUGCUGCCGCCGCCGCCCGCGAUGGUGCUUCUGUGGCUCCCAGCGGGCCGUCACGUGCAGCCGGCCCAAAGACGGCCGCCGUGGAGUGCACUCACGGCCCAGUGCUCACCCUAUGGAGUCUGCCCCAGGCACUGCUCCCGAGUCAGGCCCAGGAGGACCCGCACUCCACCCUUGUUCCCGGCGCCUCGAGGAUGCAGCUGGAGCCCAGGAGCCGCCUUGAAGCCCACGAGCUGUCCUGCACGCCCAGAAUCCUGAAUUCCCGCUGGGAGCAGCAGCUCCGGAGGUGCCACUUGACCUCAGUGGCUCCAUUUGCCUCCAGGACUCGGAACAAGAACCUGAACCCCAGGGCCGAGACAGCUUCUUCUCUCACCCUUGUUCCCCCCUCCUGAACCCCAGAGCCUCAUGGGGACUGGCCUCCUGCGGUUCCUCUUGCUCAGGGCCGGGGGCUCUGCUCUCUCCCCUUCUCCUCCUGGCCCCCCAGUUCUAGAAUGGUCUGGCUCUGGACCUAGGGAGGCUAGUCACGCUGGGUACCUGGGGCCGUGUCUGUCUGGGGGCCUGGGCUACUGAGGCUGUAACCCCAGGGCCCAGACGGCCUCCCCACUGCC